CGAGCCCGUCCAGAAAGCAACAGACGCGUUGAGGCAGCCGAGGCGGUUUGGUCACCCCGGCAGCAUCGUUUGCAGGCCAACGCCCAUCCGCCACAGCACGGACAGGAGGUCUCAGGAAGUCCCCGUAGCUCCCGGUGGCUCCUACGGUAACCAGUUACCAUUCGACAUAGCAGGAGCCGCGUGCCCUACCCUUCUGUCUCUUCAAGCGUCGUCCAUCCUAACCCCGUCUGCUGGACUUGCGGCUUAUCACCUUCUCAUGUCUCUUCCGAGGGCCUUCGUCGACUUUCUCCUCUACCGCCCCACCCAAGCGCUCUUGCUCCUACUUCUCCGCCCUUCCCCACCUCCUUUUUUCCAGAGCCUGACGCUCUUGGCUCUCCUCAGCUACUUCCAGAACCGCAGGCUCCAACAAGCAGAGUUCGAGCAGCAGCUAAGGAAGCUAAGUCUCGCCAGCCUCGGCGAAGCAGACCUUCCGGCGCUGCCACAGCCGUCAUCAGUGCCGGCGCUCCAUACGAAUCCGGCCUCGCAGCCGCUACGGAAUAGGUUGCGCGCGGCGGGUGACGAUACGAUGGCUUGGCUGACCGGUGCUCGUGGUGGUAGGGUAGCUGUGAGAGGAUGGGGGAAAUACAAUGCGGUCGUAGCGCUUGUUGGUGGGAUCACGAUCUGGCUGUUUUAUGUGAGUGUCUUGCUUGAAGGGGUCGGGAAGGAUUUGACGGGAAAAGUCGAUGAAACAACUCCGACAAUCAGCGUGCUUCGGUUUCUGGCGAGUCCGAACGUUUUUCGGGCUAACAUAAUGCGACCUUUCUGGUUAUAUUCAUCUCCACAGGAAAGCUAUCGAUCGUACUUUGUCAGUUUCUUCAGCCUUUUCCGCCCACACGCCGCCCUCCGCAAGCUCUUUCUCUCAUCCCGCAAACACGUAGGCCCUCCGCCUCCCAAACCCCCAGGACCUCCUGCCACAACCACCACGACAACCACCACUACAGUCGCCACAUCCACCACUCAUCAUCCACAACAACAGCAACAGCAACAGCAUUACCCUCUCACACAAAAAAAUACCGCACCACAGCAACCAUCGGUGGCAUCACCAGCUACCUCCUCACACUCAUCAGCUACCGACCGGUCUUUUGAUCUCGUCGGCGAUGAUCCUACACUUUUUGCCGACAUGGACAGCUCGGCAAUUUAUGACUCUUCUCAGCACAUCUCACACUCACAUUCACCUCCGUAUCCCGGCAGCAGCACACAUCUCAUCCUAUCCCCGACACGAGGGACAUCCCACCCGUCGCACCAACAGCAACGCGCCCCUGACAGUGACGCGCGGUCACAAGCCCUCCGUGUUGCGGCCUUGUAUGAGCUGGAAAAGCGCGAAUGGGAAAAGGAGAAGAUCAAACUCAUUCGGGCGGCUGAGAUGAUGUAUUGGAAGGGGCGGAGGGAUGGAUUGGAGGGGUUGUUGCUUGAGCCUUUGGAUGGCGGGAAUGCGGUCUCCUUUCCUGGAAAGUAGUGAGGGAGGAGAGGAAUUGGGACCGGGGAGGAGGAUGCUCUAACUGGCACGGACACGGGAUAUGCGUCGUGGCCCGGGGUGGAGUCGCUGAGCGUGCUUUCAUUGCCUUUCUUUGGCGAGACAUAUCAUUCAUUGUGCGACACUUUUGCAUCAUACAUAUGUUUUUUUGGGUGGACACCAGUUUUGGAAAAGAAUAGUCAAUAAAGGUAGUUGUCUCGGCGCUAGUGAAUCUUAUGUCCUCAUAAGCAGUAUCUACGGC